AUGCCAUGCGUCCCGCGGAGCCGGGCGGCGCGCUUGGUCUCCCUCUGGCUGCUCGUCCUGCGCGCCCAAGCGCUCUGCCUGGGCAGGGCCCCGCCGGCCGGCGGCUCGCCUUUCCCCGACGGCAGGCAAGGGCAAUUUGUGAAGACAUUACCAGAUUACUAUGUGGUUGAUCCAGCAAGAGUAGAUGCAAGUGGGCAUUUUCUUUCUUUUAAUCUACACCAUCACAUCUCAAACACAAGGAAGAAGAGAGAUCUCGGAAAAAAUGAAAAUGUCGUAUAUUACAAAAUUAAUCAUGAGGAGAAGGAUCUGUUUUUUAACUUGACUGUCCACGUGGGAUUUCUUUCCCAUAACUACAUAGUAGAAAGGAGACGUGGCAACCACACUAGUGCGAAGAUUACAACUCGCUCAGGAGUUCCUUGCCACUUCCAUGGCACAGCAUGGCAGCCAGGUUCCGGGAGUGGGACAGCAGCAAUCAGCACUUGCAAUGGCCUGACUGGAUAUUUCCAUCUGCCCCAUGGGGAUUACUUCAUUGAGCCUAUUAAAAAGCAUCCACAGAAGGAGGGAACACCCCAUCCCCAUAUUAUAUAUGGGGCAAAUAACCUUCAAAAUGCUUUGAGGAGAAGACGGGCCACCUCAAUGGAAGGUGAACAAGCAUGUGGAUUGAAUGAUACCCACAGCUUUUUGAAACAGCAGCAGCUUCGAAGGGAGAGAUGGGAACAAAAUCAUAAAGCUGCCAGAAAGGUUUCUCGGCGCUCUGUCAGCAAGGAGCGGUGGGUGGAGACGCUUGUGGUUGCAGACAGUAAAAUGGUUGAGUACCAUGGAAGUGACCACGUGGAAUCAUAUAUCCUCACUAUAAUGAAUAUGGUCACAGGGUUGUUCCACGAUCCAAGCAUUGGCAAUGCAAUUCACAUUGUGCUGGUCCGGCUCAUCCUCUUUGAGGAGGAGGAGCAAGGCUUGAAGAUAGUACACCAUGCUGAUAAGACAUUAGCCAGCUUCUGCAAAUGGCAGAAGAACGUCAAUCCGAAGAGUGAUGUCAACCCCACGCACCACGAUGUGGCCGUCCUCCUCACCAGAAAGGACAUUUGUGCUGGCAUGAAUCGUCCGUGUGAAACCUUAGGUUUGUCUCACCUGUCAGGCAUGUGUCAACCUCACAGAAGCUGCAACAUCAAUGAAGAUUCUGGCCUUCCGUUGGCUUUCACUAUUGCUCAUGAACUUGGACACAGUUUUGGAAUCCAGCACGAUGGAAAAGAGAAUGACUGUGAGCCUGUUGGAAAACGCCCAUAUAUUAUGUCCCGACAGUUGCAAUAUGAUCCUACUCCACUCACCUGGUCACAGUGCAGCAAGGAAUACAUCACACGUUUCCUAGACCGAGGGUGGGGAUUCUGUCUGGAUGAUAUCCCCCAAAAAGAAGUUUUAAAGUCCCCAGUCAUUGCUCCUGGAGUGAUUUAUGACGUGCACCACCAAUGCCAGCUUCAGUAUGGUUCCAAUGCUACCUUCUGUGAAGAUGUGGACAACCUUUGCCAAACACUCUGGUGCUCGGUGAAAGGCUCCUGCCGCUCCAAACUGGAUGCAGCUGCGGAUGGCACUCGGUGUGGAGAAAACAAGUGGUGCUUCUCUGGCGAGUGUAUUACAGUAGGCAAGACUCCUGAAGUAAUCCAUGGCGGAUGGGGGAUUUGGUCAUCCUGGUCCCAUUGCACAAGAACAUGUGGAGCAGGAGUUCAAAGUGCAGAGAGACCCUGCGAUAACCCAGAACCACAGUUUGGAGGAGACUACUGCACUGGAGAAAGGAAACGCUAUCGCAUGUGUAACAUCAGCCCCUGUCCCAAAGACUUGCCAACCUUUCGUCAGAUGCAAUGCAGUGAAUUUGACACAGUUCCCUACCAGAAUGAAUUCUACCACUGGGUUCCCGUUUAUAACACAGCAAACCCCUGUGAGCUCCACUGUCGCCCAAUAGAUGGCCAUUUCUCAGAGAAGAUGCUUGAUGCAGUCACUGAUGGUACUCCUUGCUUUGAAGGAAGGCACAGCCGAGAUAUCUGUAUUAAUGGCAUGUGUAAGACUGUUGGCUGUGAUUAUGAGAUAAAUUCCAAUGCAACAGAAGACCAGUGUGGAGUUUGCCUGGGAGACGGCUCUGCUUGUCAUACAGUGAAGAUGAUGUUUAAUCAAAGUGAAGGAUUUGGAUAUGUUGAUAUUGGGCUAAUUCCAAAAGGUGCAAGGGGAAUCAAAGUCAUGGAAGUUGCAGAAGCAGGAAAUUUCCUUGCUGUGCGAAGCAAAGACCCAGAAAAAUACUACCUGAAUGGAGGCUUUAUCAUCCAGUGGAAUGGUGAAUACAAAGUGGCAGGCACAGUAUUUCAAUACGACAGAAUGGGGGAUCUAGAAAAUCUGACUGCUCCAGGACCCACCAAUGAAUCAAUAUGGAUUCAGCUACUUUUUCAAGAAACUAACCCUGGAAUCAAGUAUGAAUACACUGUACGUAAAGAAGAAAGUAAUGAGAAUGAGAUUGGAGAGCCAGAGUAUUUUUGGCAAUAUGGAGAAUGGACGGCCUGCAGUGUUACCUGUGGAAGAGGGGUGCAGCGCCAGGUUGCCCACUGCAUGUGGAAGGGGAGUGGAGCAAUCAAGAACUCCUUCUGUGACCCAGUGACUCAGCCCAACGGGCGGCAAAAGAAAUGCUACGAGAAGGACUGUCCGCCCAGGUGGUGGGCAGGGGAAUGGCAGAAAUGUUCAACCACAUGUGGCCCAACAGGCCAGAAGAAGAGAACUGUACUUUGCAUCCAGACAGUGGGAUCUGAUGAGCAGGCACUGGCUGUCACAGAGUGCCAGCACCUGCUUAAACCAAAGACCCAUCUGUCAUGUAACAGAGAUGUCUUGUGCCCGUCUGACUGGACAGUGAGCAACUGGACUGAGUGCACAGUUACCUGUGGUGGUGGAAUAAGGACUCGUAAUGUCACUUGUGCCAAAAAUAGUGAUGAGCCAUGUGAUAGUUCCAAGAGACCAAACUCUAAGGCCCUGUGUGGUCUUCAGCAAUGCCCUUCUGCUAGAAGAUUCCUGAUGCCCCCGCUGGCACCCAGAAGAGGCAAGAUCAUAAUCAGAAAAACAACUACUAAUCCUGAACGGAAUCUUCCUCGCAGGAUACUCAGACCAAGCCCAAGGUCCUACACAACAACAAAAACACCCAGGCAUGAAAGUGUAACUCCCUGUUUGCCUACAUCCUCUGAUUUGGGUAAUGUCUCAGAAAAAGAGGGAACAGCCAAUAGAACAAUACAAAAUAAUUUUGCUGGACCGAGUGAUGCUUACAAUUAUCCAGUUGUUUCUACUGAAAACAGUUCAUAUCAAAAUACUACUUCGUGGCCUAUUUAUAACAGCUUAAGUACUAAAAUUAUAAGGCAUUCUGAAAAUACUUCUGAAAGUGACCCAGUUUCUACUAAAGAGAGUGAGAUGCACAGAAGUGAGGACACUCCUAUUUCCUCAUUUACUAGUAAUCCGGAAAUAACUUCCAGCUAUGAUUACUUAACCGAAGAAUCUGAUGACAUUGAUGGGCCUCUUGGAGUCAGCAAGAAACCAGCUGGUCUCUUUUACAGCACAGAACUCAAUUCUGAAAUCAGAACCAGAAACACAACCCUAGACACUGUCUCUCCUGUCCUUCAAAAUGAGAGCGUGACUCCCCAGUCUCCACCAGCAUCUCACCACCAAGACCCUUCUAUGCUCCUUCCUGUUAGCAGAGCAGCACAAGGGCUGGCAUUUCCAACAGCAAACUAUAUCAGCCUGCAGAUUGAUGUACCAGUUGUAGAAGUAACUACCCCACAAGCACCAGUUGCAGAAACGCCCACAGUGCUUGGACAGGUACCAAGAGACCAGACUGACAAUAGAAAAGAAGUAAAGCUGCCUGACAUGGUAACUACCAGCACACAAUCCUCAGCUCUUGAGCACGCUCUGAGGAACCAAAGUGCAACAUCUGAGGGUGUUUUAGUGAAUGUCACAGAAAACAGCCGUUUAACAGCACCCAACAGUUUGCCUGGUGAUGCCUACUGGAUAGUAGGCAACUGGAGUGAGUGCUCUACCACCUGUGGAAUGGGGGCUUUCUGGAGACUGGUGGAGUGCAGCAGCAGGAACACAUCUCAUUGUCAGCACAUAAAAAAGCCUGAUCCUGCAAGAAAAUGUUAUCUCCGCCCAUGUGCUAGCUGGAAAACAGGAAAUUGGAGCAAGUGCUCUGCAAACUGCAGCGGCGGCUUCAAGACCCGAGAUGUUCACUGCAUUGAUGUCCGCGAAAAGCGACUGCUCAGGCCUUUUCAUUGCCAGUUACUCGGAUAUAAACCACAGCUCAGCACUAGGUGUAACACAGAGCCUUGUUUGCAGUGGCAUGUGGAGCCCUGGAAUAAGUGUUCGAGAACCUGUGGUGGUGGCCAUCAAAAGCGACACAUCUACUGCCCAGAAGAAGGGCACUGUGACUGGACCAAAAGACCUAAUGCCACUGCAUCAUGUAACAGGCAGCCUUGUACACAGUGGAUUAACCAGGCCUGGAGCACGUGCACUGUUUCUUGUGGAGGGGGCAUUCAGCAAAGAACUGUGAAAUGCAUGAAUACAGAAACUAAUGAAACUGAAGAUGACAGUAUGUGUGUGGACAAAGCCAAGCCAACAGAGCAUCAGAAAUGCAAUCUGCAAGAAUGCAGGAAAAGUACAGGACUACCCUGCAGCAAAGACCAGCUGUCAGUUCACUUCUGUCAGAGGCUGAAAGGCAUUGGCAAGUGCUUGCUGCCGUCAAUACAGACUCAGUGCUGCUUCACAUGUAGUCAGUCUCGAAGCCGUAACAAAGCAAGAUAUGGGGAUCAGCGAGGCCUCAGACAACAAUAUUACACUAAAUCUAGAAGAAAAUCGCCUCAAACCCAAGAAAACAGCAACCAAGCAGCUUGGCACUAGCUUGGCACUGUCUUUCUUCUUUGAUUAGGGCUUCUGUUUACAGGUUUUAUGUUCCUCAUUUUUUUAUGAACCAUCCAACAUUAAUGAAAAUCUGUGAUCAAAACUGGGAAAACACAUUGCCUAGGAUUAUGACUCCUAAGUUACUGCUUCUUUUUUUUUCUCUCUGUAAUAGUCCAAAAAUUGUAACAUAAUUUGCAAAGUACCAGCAGCUAGUGAUUCUUAGGCAUGCAUAGGUGCUAGAAACAAGCUUGCAAGAAUUUUCUGAUUGUUUUAAUUGAAUGUUUUACUUGUUCUUUCUUCCAUCUCUUUCCAAAACUGACUUGAAACACCAGUACUGCUUACUUAAGAGUGUUUAGUGAAGGAGGCCAGUUGGGCAGCAGACACAGACUUGCACCGUGGCCCCGUUCUCUUUGUGCCCACUUGCCUUUCUUUCUUAAGAAUCCAGGGGAAGUGGCAGUGUUUCUCUAAAGUCAUUGCUCACUUCAUAAAUUUAAAAGCAAAGUUUUAUCGUAACUACUUGUGAUAGGUUGAACUGAAACAUUGGAUUUUUCAGAAGAAAUCUUCAUUUAGUGCAUGAUUGAACCUCUGAAGGAUACCUCAGCCAUAGCCUGUUCUCGCCACUCUUUUUUUGCUACAAAUGUCUUGCAGUAAUCCGAAAACCCCAUCAAAUAUAGGAUGUUAAGUUCCCAAAUAUGUUUUAAGCAACAUUUUUGGGUACCAUAACAUCAAAGCUGUUUGUAUCUACAACCUUAAUGGAGUGAUAGAAUCAUUUAGGUGGCAAAGAUCAACAAGUCCAAUCUCUAACCCAGCACUGCCAAGUCCAUCACUAAAUUACAUCCUUAAGUGCCACAUCUACGUGUCUUUUUUACACAUUUAGGAGAGAAACCAGCAAUAUCUGUUAGAUAGUUUUAUACAGUGCAUUUGAUAGAAUAAUUUCAGUAUAAAGAAAUAGUUUUGCUAGACAGGCAAAUCUUUUGCUGGACAGGCAAUAACAUUCUUAAGUCUCACAUAUCAUCUGUAGUUCCUCUCCCAAUUAGCUAUUCAAAGCUAUUUGAAAUCAGAUAAAGCAAGCCUUCCCAGUCAAGACUGUAACCAGUCUCCAUAGCUGCAGAUGUUCAAACACAAAUGGUACAAGUCAGCAGGACAUAUAAAGCUAUCAGGAAACUGAUGCAGCGUAGAGGUUGUACCAGAUUGCUCUGCAGCAAAAAUUCGACCUCAACAUUUAUCCUUUGGUAAGGGUAUGUUGAUGGUAUUCUCUCUAUCGUCGUCUCACUUCCACCAGUGUUAUACUAGUGGUCAGCUCCAUUUAGUUCAAGAAUAUUACUGCUGCUGAACAGAGAAAUCUGGUCCCGUAAUGGUUUCCACUGUUUAUGGCACAAAGAGUAAAGGAGUCACACAGCAAGAGAGCAAGAGAUCUCUAAACUGGUAUAGGUAAGGACAGUUUGAAGUUGAUCCUUUUGAGUUUGAAGACUAAAGUCUUUCUGUUCCUUUACAAACUACAAGAAGAGAAGAAAGAGUGAUGAGCUGACUCAGCUAAACAGUUUUACAAAUGUCAUGUUAAUUCAUAUGACAAAUUAAACUUUACAGACUUAAACCUUUCCUGCAGCUUCAAAUGUGGCAUGCAAGAAUUUCAGCUGGAAAAUUCCCAUAGUACAUUUUUAAACAAAUUUUACAGCAUUGGCAUAAAGGCCAGCUUGCAGCUGGAAACUUUGUAGUUCACACUAAUGUUCAGUGAUAGAAUUAUCCUUUAAUCCAGUAUCUCCCAGUAGUAGUGCAAGCUCACGUCCACAAGAGCACUCUAUCACCUCACUCACAGCAAAUCCUUGAUCAUAAUGAGGUUGAGGGGCCCCUGGGACAGGAAUUUAUGACCCAGAGUAUUGUCUGCGUAGGUCAGACCUCAGGUAUUAGGAGACCACUAGCCAAAUCUGUUUUGCUAUUGAAGAAAAUGGCAGGACAAACUUCAGGGAGCUGCAACUGGCCUCUUUGAACAAAGCUGGGCAUUUUCAAAAGAGCUGGACAAGAGCAGACAUUUAGAUUCCUUUGGAAUUCAGUAGGAUUUUGACACCUUGGUUCUACACUCUUUUUAGAAAAUCUCAGAUUUACUCCCUAGUUACCUGACAAUUUGAGAUUUUAAUACGUGGAAAUGUCACGUUUUAUGCAGUUCAGAUUGAGACACAAACCAUGAAUCCAAAUGUCACUAUGGUUACAGAACUGUGACUAGCAGUAGCCCUCUUUCUAGACAGACCUUUAUGAAAGUUAAUAGAAAUAUCUUGGCCUGGCUGUAAUAUAUUAACCUAAUAAUGGCCGCAAGUCACAUUGUCCUUUAUCAAAGGUUUGUGACCUUUGGCUUAGGGCUCACUUCUUCACUUGAAGUCUCUGGGAGUUCAAAAUAUGCAGCAUGGCAAGGUUGGGUUUAUUAACCUCUGUGCUGGCAAUAUAAUGCCAGUUAUAGGUGCUGAUAAAAUCCACUGUUAAAAAUGUGGUGCUAUAUAAUGUGGGGAUGACUUACAAUGGUGCAUGUGCACUCUUACGAUAAUGGAUGUCUCUGGCGUUGCUGGCCAACGCCAGACAUGAUGCUUUUUAAGUUUCACAGUGUGCUUUUGUCCUUCUGAGGACCUGAAUGGCUGCUGACCCUUUGAGCAAUAAAAACCUGGGCAGUUGUUAUUCCACUGAACAGAGAAAUAUUGUAUCAUGCGGGGAAGUGGAGGUGCCCUGUCUGGUUCAGGAAGCAUUUGGCAGGGCUUGGCCUCAGGCUGCGUUGUGUAGAGCAGUUCUCUGAUAGCCAAACAGCACAGAUUGGUGGUAAGUGCAGAUGAUUCUUGUAUUCCCAGAAGCAUCUUACAGGAUUUGGGCAGGAUAGAGUUAGGUUCACUUCAGGAUCGGACUCUUCUGUGCUCAGAGAUACCUGCAACUUUUUAUCCACAGCGGUCAGCAGAAGUGGGCCGUCAGGUGUGUGGGCUAAGGAGAAAGGAGCUGACUGAGUGGAUAUGGUGCAGGUGGGAGGAAGAAUGCCUGUGCGGGUUGGCCUUUCCGGUGCUCCUUAGGGCUACCAUGGAGUAGAACCAUUUCUGCCUUCAUUGUUUUCUUCAGGGAGCUGUAAUUUCAUUUGAAAUUAAUAAAAAGUGAAUAAAUUAUAUUAUAGACAUUAAUCAAAAUAAUCUUUCUACCCAGGGAAGCACAGUCAUCACUUUGCUCAGCUUAAAACUUUAGGGAAGAGAUUGUGACAACAUGAACUCUUUUAACAGAGCAGUGCCACUGCUGUUAUGAGACAACUAUUCUUAAGUAAAGGUGGAUUUAUGAUCUAAACCCAGAUGGUCAUUAGUCUCAAAACUGAAUAGAGUACAAAGUGCAGAGGCAUAUUAUCAUUAUAUUAUCAUAUUAGCCCAAGACACAUCAGCUUCAACAGAUUGCUCAGGAAAAAUGUGUAUUUGGCACAUUCACAGCUUGUUCUAAUAUUUCAAGGUUUAAAAAGCAAACUAUGAUGACAUAUUUGUUUCAAGCUUCAAUAAAU